AUGGCCAUGGCAAUCAUAUUGGUACAGGGACAGGGACAAAUCACUGAAAGCCUAGGAACGGCAAAGAGUCCAUUUAUAUGGCAGAUACCGCGUCGAUUUUCAUCAGGUCGAAGUGAUUUCAUUUGCAAGCCAUUGGCGGUGUCGUCUCCAAGUGCAACGCCAUUGAUCCCUGCUGAAAAUGAUGCUCUGUAUACUUAUAUUCGUCAACCUGUGAUAGUUACUCCGGAAGUCGACGACGGCACGAAGCACAGAGAACUGCUCGAAAAAACUCGACGAGAACUGCAAAGAAGAACAAAACCAGUUGAGACGCUAAAACUAAUAGACAAUCUUCAACAACUAGGAAUUGCGUAUUAUUUUGAGGACGAUAUCAAUGCAUUACUGGAUCGAUUAUCUGAUGGUUUGCCCAAUGAAGAUCUCUUCACAACAGCCUUAUGUUUCCGCUUGCUCCGUGACAACGGCUACAAAACCGGUUCAGAUGUCUUUCUUAAAUUCAUGGAAAAGAACAUGAAAUUCAAAGAACAUUUGGCUCAAGACACCAUAGGCUUAUUGAGCUUAUACGAAGCAUCGUACAUGGGAGCAAACGGCGAAGAAAUAUUGUCAGAGGCCAAGGAAUUUUCCGAAAUUCACCUUAGACAGUCGAUGCCUUGGUUGGCGCCACAACUUCGUCGAAAAGUUGGUUCUGCCUUAGAGCUCCCGAGACACCUCAGGAUGGCUAGGUUAGAAGCUAGGCGUUACAUUGAAGAAUAUGCUACAGAAAGUGAACACGACCCUGCCCUUUUGGAACUGGCAAGAUUAGAUUAUAACAAAGUCCAGUUACAACACCAAAUGGAAUUGGCUGAAAUAACAAGAUGGGAUCUUGAUGAAUUGGAAAUCCUUCCACCGUACAUGAGAAUAUGUUACAUGGCAUUAUACAAUACUACCAAUGAAAUCUGCUACAAAAUCCUCAAGGAGUAUGGAUUUUGUGUCCUUCCCUACCUUAAAUCCACGGUAAAACCCGCACUAGGAUACAAUUGA